GUUGGAAUCUAACGUCUUUUGUUUGGUUUUGUGUAUACCGGACGUGCCGUACCUAGUAUUUGAACAAUUAUACUACUCCGUGUGAAAUUCAAUCCAAUUCAAGCAUCAUCACCUAUUAACGCGUCAUAUCGUCUGGUUUGCUCUCGAACGGAGAAGUGCAGUCAGUUAAUACUUUUACGAAGGAUCUUUAGUUCGUCCCAAAACCAAGUCUCAUUCCAGUCGAGCCGGUUCUGGUUCCCGCCCGUCAUACUUUCUUAUCGUGGAUCCAUUUCAUGGACGUGGAACCUUGAAUCUACAUGUUCCAACCUUCGAAUCUACCGUACCACUUACUCAGUACCUACUAUUCGCAUAUCGCACUGCACGAAUUACACUGCAUAUCAACAUCUCCAUCUCGAAAAGACUGUCCCUCGACCGCGAAUCCCCUCUUCGGUAGAUGGUAGAUUCCAAUUACUCACUCUUGCAGAUUUCUGGCUGGCACACCCGCCAUGGACGACAUUCCCACAUCGCCAACGGCUUCAGAAUCUUCCAAAUCAACCGGUAUCUUUUCGAAGUCGCGGAACGGGAGAAGGCAUAGAAAUUCAACAUCGCACUCGGUGAGGAGCGGCGGAAGUGAGGCGUCGCAUGGUUUCCGUGCCUCGUUGGAGCAAGUGAUGGAUAAGAUCAAGAAAGAUUCGGAAUCCGAGGAGGAAAGCCAUGCGUCGAAUAGCCUCAAGAAGUUCGUGCCGAAGGGAUUCGAAAAGAAAAAGAAGCGGCUGCAACGAGAGGAGGCCGAACAACGUCUGGCAGAAGAAGUAGCUCGUGGGAAAUAUAUUGCUGAGCGAGGAACGCUGGAGAACGAUAUCAGGAAUCCCAUCAACAGAAACCUCUCUGGGGGAAGUAGUCUGUUAACAUAUGAUUCGGAAACGGAGUCGGCCGCCGAAACACCUCCACCAUUGACUUCGCACCCUUCGCACACCGGAUAUCUUACUUCUUCGUCCCCACUCAUACACACCUCGACAUUUCCACAAAUCGGACCCUUACCUUCCCACUCAGAAGGAGAGCCAUUCGCAGACUCCUCAGACAGCCUGGCUACCUCCGAGUCAGCUUCCAAGAGCCUCUCGCACAACCUUCGAGCGCCCAUCGACGGAUCUCAAAGGCGGUCAUCUUCGCCAGUUGGCAGACUCAAAGACGUAUUCAAACCAAGACGCGGGUCAAGCACAAAUACCAGUCCAGAACGCAAGGCUGGAGGGGGCGGGGCUGAUCAAUCACUGAAUACAAAGGACGGUGGGGCUGAUUCCAGGCGGGGGAGUCUCAUUAAUGUUAAAGUUGGUUCCAUCCUUUCUGAUAAACAUUUCCCCCCCGGUAAGUCUCGAUCUACAACAUCGUCUCCUGAGAGGCCACAAAUUGAAAAGGGCAAGCUCAUUACUAUCGAUACAACCCCACGUCCUCAGACUCCACCAUCUGUGAACAGGCCGGCCCCUGUUAUCGUUAAUACACCUCCAACGCCAACGGACACAAGAUCGCCGCAAUUUACUUCUGUCACUAGCCCAGAGUCCCCUACCAAGUUCGGUCCAAAUGUUUUAGUUUCUCCUUCUGGAAAUAUGAUAUCACAUCGACGAAUUCGAUCAGGUUCUGCUUCAGGAGUCCCAAGUAAAUUAUCGAACAUCCAGUCUGCGCCAUUGACACCCACACCAGAGAACGGAGCAAUUACGCCAGGACAAAAUCAAUCGGGUUUCUUCUCAUCAGUAUUUUCUGCCGCUCAGAACGCUGCAAAUACAUUGAGCAACAGCAUCACGAACACGUCAGUCCCAGGGGGGACGAGGAGUAAGAGUGGUGCACACGCAAUAUCAGGUAUACAGGAGAUUGAGAGCCCAGAAGUCGAAGCAUUGGGAGAGAAGAUAGAUACAGAGAAUCUUAUGGAAGAAAAAGAGCCAGCCGUUAAGACUUUGGGUAUGGGCGAUCUCAGUUUGAGCCAAUUCGGGAUUUCAGAAGAAGGAAAUACUCCAACAAUGCCGAAGUAUCCAGAGGAGGUCCGCGGAAGGUCUGAUCAUGCUAGGGAUGACCACUUUUUCGCAAAUCGUUCUGCCACUGCCCCAAACAUGUUGACUGGAGAAAAUCUCGAAGCGGUGGCUACCCCUCAACUUGACGACUUGCAUACUCUUGCACGUCCACGUUCCGUCUACGAGCCAAGCAUAAACGGAGAUCGAACUCCUCCAAAUGGAAGUUUAUAUGAAGGGAAGUCUGGUAACCAACGUAGUGGCAGCAUCCAAAGCGGUAAAAAACAUAGGAAACGGGGCAGCUCUGCAGCAACUGGUACAACAAUCGGGGCGGCAAUUGCUGCAGCUAAUUCAUCUAUCGGAAGCCCAGGUUCAUCGGCGCCCAAGAUCACUGGAUUUGCAGUGGCAAGCAAGAAGAGAAAUAAGGAUUUUCACGCUCUUUUCAGAAGUGUACCGGAUGAUGACUAUCUCAUCGAAGAUUAUAGCUGCGCUUUGCAAAGAGAAAUUCUCGCCCAUGGUCGAUUAUACGUCUCCGAAGGUCACUUGUGUUUCAGUAGCAAUAUCUUUGGUUGGGUAACAACAUUGGUUAUGAGCUUCGACGAGAUCAUUUCUGUGGAAAAGAGAAGCACAGCACUGCUAUUCAAGAACGGCUUAAUGAUUUCGACAUUGCAUGCAAAGAAUGUGUUUGCUAGUUUUACAAGUCGUGAUUCAACGUAUGAUCUCAUAGUCGGUAUUUGGAAGAUUGGCCACCCGAACUUAAGAAGUUCGUUAAAUGGCGUUACUCUUGAAGGGACUGGCGGUGACAAGACAGUGAAAGACGAUGGUACUGUUCCUGUUUCUCGUCCAGGUAGUAUCUCACAGUCCUCAGAUGACAGCGAAGGUAGCGGGGAAGUCUACGAUGAAGAUGAAGACGAUGAAGACGGCAUGAGUUUCACGCAAGCCGACGGUAGCGUCGUGGGUAGUGAGGCUGGUGAAAAGGUUGUCAGUAGAAAGGCAUCCGCUGCUGUUAUGGCCAAUGGGGCUCAGUCCGAUGGAGGUAAACAAGCUAGUCCGACGGCUGCAGUAGACUAUCCUGGUCCAACUGCACAUGCCCCAACAACUUGUGCCGACGGCGACACACAUUAUGCGAAAAUCCUCGCGGAUGAAACUAUUCCAGCUCCCCUUGGAAAGGUUUAUAGUCUUAUGUUUGGACCUGCAUCUAUAACUUGGAUGCGGGAUUGGCUCACUAAUGAACAGAAAUGCCUCGAGCUGACUUACGAGGAGAACGCUAAAGUUCCUUUGUCCUUGGAGAACAAGGUUCGAAAUUACUCCUAUAUCAAGCCUUUGAAUGGUGCGAUUGGUCCCAAGCAAACCAAAUGUGUCUCUACAGAGACUCUGGACGCCAUGGAUCUUGAGAAAGCAAUUUCCGUAACAAUAUCAACAGUAACUCCGGAUGUACCUAGCGGCAACGUUUUCAGCACCAAGACUAGGUAUUGUCUUUCAUGGUCAGAAGGCAAUGGUACUCGAUUGCAAGUCAACUGUGCAAUUGAGUGGACGGGCAAGAGUUGGCUGAAAACUCCGAUUGAAAAGGGUGCGAAUGAUGGCCAAGUGCAAUACACGAAAGAUAUCAUAGCCGCGCUCAAAGCAGCUGUCAGUACCAAACGCUCUGGAGCACCAAGCGCUCCAGCUAAAGGCAAAAAGAAAGGACGCAAAGGAUCGAAGGCAAACAAUCUUAGCAAAGUUACCGAUGGUGCUUCGGAGACUAAACCAGAGGCCACUAACUGGGGUCUCUUUGAGCCCGUUCGUGGUAUAUUUGAGCCGAUUUUCGAUAUCGUCAAACCAUUGAUGACAGGGAAUAUACUUUAUGGACUUCUCGUCGGACUUCUAGUAGCGAGUUGGUUCCGUUUUGGACUACCCAUUGGAGGUGGUGGCGGGAAUAGAGAUAUGGGAAUGAGCUAUCUAGGCACCCCGGAGAGAAUCGCAGCAUAUGAAGAAAUCUGGAGAAGAGAGGAAAGUGAACUUUGGCUGUGGUUAGAGGAGAGGGCGGGGAUGGAUAGAUUACGAGAAGUGGGGAGAAUGCCUAUGGAGAGGUUGGAUAUAGAAGAUAGGUUAAAGAGUGAGAGGAUGGAUGAGAGAGAGGUAGAAGAUGCGAUUAGGAUCACAGAGGAGAAACUGUUGGUUCUGAAAGAUGUGGUGGGCAAGAAAAGAGACAAGUCGAAGAGGGUACAAACUCAUGAGCAGGAGAGUUCAGCCAGUGCCGCUUAGAGUUUCAGCUGAUGGUUGAGCGGUCAAGGAUAGAGGUAGGCAGGGAAACAAAUGGUGUAUGCCAAAUAGCAUGUUAUACCAUAUCUACAGCGUAAAGCUCUACUCAGUACAACACUCCACAUAGAUAUUUCUGUUGUGUAUUUUCUUUUGAGGUUUUCAUUUUCAUAUGUUUGGGAGGACUGAAUCAUGGUGGUUGUACAUCAUUGGUGUUUGGGCAUAUAUGGGGAAGUACAAGAAGAGCAUAUGGAGAGGGGCAUAAGAGGAUUGGCAUAUCUGCCACAGCGUUUCUUUAAAUCUUUUGUGUCUUUUUGUUGCAUUUUUUGGGAUGGGGAAUAACAUAUUGUGAAGAUUUAGCGAGUUGUUGUUAGAUAUCAUAUCUUUUAGCAUUGUUGUUGAUAGAUAUGAGGGUUGUGUAGCUGGGCUAGUUCCAGCGGGGGUGAGAAAUGCAAAAAGUAGAGAAUGGAAAUGGACAUACAUGGACAUACAUGGACAUAUCAAAUUUGAUGUAGAAAUCGAUUAGGA